GCCCGGGCCCCGCCAUGUCGGCCGAGGGGCGGCCGCGCUCGGGCCGCGCCGGCGAGGGCAUCAAGUUGUCAGCAGAGGUCAAACCAUUUGUUCCAAAACACGCGGCGGUAGCUGUGGCAUGGUCAGAACCCUCAGAAGCAUGUGUCUUUCCUAGGUACUUAACUACAUGCUACCCAUUUGUUCAGGAACCAUCUUUGGAUAAUGAUCUGAGAGAUCCUGCCUUCCGUGAAUACUCCGGCUGCUCUUACCCACCUGACGUUGUUGCAAACGUGUAUCCAGUAGCUGGCUCACGGUAUCGUUCUAACAGCUCAACAACACCCUAUAAUAGUUCAGGAAUAGUCAGUGAAUCUUCUGAGCAAGCAUAUCCACUCAGGCAAGAAAGUAAGAGUCUUCCAAAGCAGAGGAGAUCCAAAGAAAGUGAGAAAAAAUUGGACAAGAAAAGGCAUGAUGGAAGUGACUCUUCAGUCAGAAUUAUGAACAGGACUUCAUUCCCGACUCCUGCAUGCAGCAGAGAUUCCAUGAAGCCAGACAGGUUCAAUAAAACUACAAACAAGAAGUCAACUCAAACUCCAAAACCAGAGUCUCUUCCUGUACCCACAUUUGAAGCUAGCAUUCUGGAUUUCCACAAGUCACAGAGUUUGGGAAGCAGUGAAACACUGAAUGUACAGCACAAAAGUGCACCAGUAAGUUCAGUGGGAAGUAGCACUACCUGCCUUAGCCAGCCUCAGCUAUCCCUCUUGCUGAGUACAAAGGAAGAUGCUUCUGCAGGGAGCAAAGCUUCAUCAAGAACUUUAGGUGAAACAAGAGCCUAUUUAAUUCCUUCUUCAUUUGUUGGUAGAGCACUUCCUGAAGCGCCUGCAGAUGGCUCUGCUCAGCCACGUGUGUCUUGGGCGGGGAUACUUUCACAGCCCCCAAAGAAAAUUAUUUCAUCACCAGCAUCUGAAGGUCUUUCCAGGGGCAAAGGGAAGGAGGAUAGUGAGCCAAAGCAGUCAGAAACAAAAAAUGAUGCUAGUGAAACUGAGCCUGAAGAAGGUUCAGAAAAGAAGAAAAAAAAGAAGAAAAAGAAGAAAAAAACAAAGUCAUCCACUGAUGUAGAGAGACCCCAAAGUGAAUCUGCUACAGUACAGGAACCACCGAAGAUUGAGGAUGUUGAGGAGUUUCCUGAUCUGACAGCUGCUUCUGAUAGGAGAAAGAGGGUAGGAUCUCAGAAAUCAUCCUUUACUCCUGCAGUCAGAAAGCAGUCUGAAAUCCGUAUCCCUGAAGAGCCUUGUGAUACUCAGUCUCCCUCACUGGAUGAAACUCCCAAGGUGGACGGACUGUCAGGGAAGCAAGGCUCAUCUUCUGUGUUAGAAAGGAAGAAAAUGCAGGAAACAUCCAAGAGCAGUGGUAAGAAGAGUCAGGUUCCUGUGCAAUUGGAUUUGGGUGGCAUGCUGGCAGUCUUGGAGCAGAAGCAGCAAACAGAGAAGUUGAAGCAGUCUUCUAAACCUGUGGUGUUUUCAGUUGGUGGUGCCAUACCCCUGCUUUCAAAGGAACCUGCUACAGCCACGAAAACUCACCGCUCAAACCAAGCAAAGAUGCCUCAUAACCCUUUGGACUCCAGUGCUCCCUUGGUAAAGAAAGGGAAGCAGAGAGAAGUACCUAAAGCAAAGAGACCAACACCUCUUAAAAAGAUCAUUCUGAAAGAAAGAGAACAAAGAAAGCAACAGCACCUGUUAGAACAGAAAGCAGCACUAAAAGAUGAAGAUAACGUUUCUCAGUCUGCAGAAAAUAUUACUGGAAAUGAAACACUUCUACAGGAUAGUCAAGCAGCUCUUCCUGUAAUGCAAGUUGCUGAAGGGCCUCUGGAGAACACGGGGAUCAAGGAAUCUAAAGAAGGUUCAAUGACUUCAAAGCAGCUAACCCCCACUCUUCCAAAAAUCCACAGUAGGAACUUCAGAGAUUACUGCAGCCAGGUGCUUAGUAAAGAAGUUGACAGUUGUGUGACAGAUCUUUUAAAGGAACUGGUUCGUUUCCAAGACCGCUUGUAUCAGAAAGACCCAGUAAAGGCCAAGAUAAAACGCAGGCUGGUGAUGGGUCUUAGAGAAGUUCUGAAACAUCUGAAGCUGAAGAAGCUGAAGUGUGUCAUCAUCUCUCCUAACUGUGAAAAGAUUCAGUCAAAGGGUGGGCUGGAUGAGACCCUACACAACAUUAUUGACUGCGCCUGUGAGCAGAACAUCCCCUUUGUCUUCGCCCUGAACCGCAAGGCCCUGGGCCGGUGCGUGAACAAAGCAGUGCCUGUGAGUGUGGUGGGGAUUUUCAGCUACGAUGGGGCUCAGGACCAUUUUCACAGAAUGGUACAGCUGACAACAGAGGCCAGGAAGGCCUACAAAGAUAUGAUAGCAGCUUUAGAAGAAGAAGCUAAAGGAGGACUACAAGAAACCCACUCCAGCUUCUUAACAACUGAAUCUGGAAAAAAUGGCUUAUCAGAAACUGGUAAAACAUCUUCCAAGGACUCCGAUGAGGAUGUACCAAAUUAUAUUAAAGUCUGGAAGAGAAAACUUGAAGAAGAAUACAACCCAUAUGCACUGGAAUUGGAAAAGAGUGCAACUGCUGACAUGGCGAUAGUGAAUUUGGAAGAGCUUCAGUAAAUCCAGAUCUAAUUCUGUUGGGGAUAUAUUUUUUUUCUGUUAGACCUCUAGGAAGAAGGUAGCAAAAUAACAGAAUUUUAAGAAGUAUUUGAAGUUAAUUAGCCAAGUAAACUGUUCUGAAUCCUAUUAAGCACUGGAGCACAUGAGGCAUUGGUUGACGUUUUUGUGUUCUAUGUGUUUGGCUGAUUACUAUAGCAGAUGCAACAGCAAUUUGUUUUAGCCCCAAACCACUUGAAAUGGCUUGGCAUACUUUAAUGGACUAGCUUUCUUUUUUUUUUUCUCUUUGGUGAUACAAGAUACCAAAAGCAUCUGAUAGAAAAAUAACUUUCUAUGGGAAGAGAUUCCUUGAACCAGAAGGCUGGGGCUUGAGGGGAGUUAUCCGUAAUUUCUGAGUCUUGUUUAAAGAACUUCAGCUGUUAUCUGAUUGUGGGUUUCUUCUUGAGCACAAGCACUGUGAGGAGAGGCUGAGGGAGCUGGGGUUGUUCAGCCUGGAGAAGAGGAGGCUCAGGGGAGACAUCAGCACUCUCUGCAGCUCCCUGACAGGAGGUUGCAGCCAGGUGGGGGUUUGGUCUCUUCUCCCAACCAGCAGCAGGACAAGAGGGCACGGGCCUACACUGUGCCAGGGGAGGUUUAGGUUGGAUAUUAGAAAGAAGUUCCUUACAGAGUGAGUGAUCAGCAUUGGAAUGGCCUGCCCAGAGAGGGGGUGGAUUCACCGUCCCUGGAGGUUUUUAAGACGAGGCUGGAUGUGGCACUGAGUGCCAUGAUCUGGUAAUCACAGUGGGGUUGGAUCAAGGGUUGUACUCGAUGAUCUUGGAGGUCUCUUCCAACCCAGUUAAUUCUAUGAUUCUGUGAUUCUUAGUUUUUUCUUCUAAAUAAAUAAGGCUGCUCAGAUGGACAGGCUGGUGUCAAUGUCACUUCCUUCAAGUCAGCAAGAAAUUAAUUUGGGGCAGGCAGCUUGAGUGAAACGAAGGAAGGGCAUGAUGACAGAGUUCCCAAUUAGCUCUACUGUGUGCUAUCUUGUUCCUUUGGGCUCACACAUCAGGUGUAAAGGUGAAAGCACAGACUACAAAGGUCUGAAAUUCCUGAAGUAAAUAUGCUCUGUUAAGACAUUUUAUAAAUUUGAUGUUUCUGUUGCUGCUGAGACUAGUUUAUCAUAGAUCUGCUUUUAAGUUAGAGCAUACUGAAGGACAGCGAAUGUGCCAGCCUGCUAUCCUGUCUGUACCUGCUCCUUCCUGAGACUCCUCAUUCCUUCAGUUUGGGGUCGUGCUGGUAUAUAUAUAUAUAUAUAUAAAUAUAUGAGAUAAGAGUUUUUCAGCAAUCUCAGUUUGUAUCUAAAUAGGGAAAAUUUAUAUCUUGUAAGAAAUAAAGUUUGUAUACUAGAGGAAAUAAAAUUUUAAAAGCAAAAUGGCGCUUACAGCAGUGAUGGAGCAUCCUGGUGGGAACGGCCUGUAUAAACACUGUUGUGUGCAAGCUGUAGAUGUUCAGAGGACGAGCCUAAAGGAAGUAAUUGGAGGGAUGGACAUGUAGCUUCUGUCAGCUCUUCUGGAAGAUGAUACAGAUGCCCUGUGUGCUGCUGCCAGCAUCUCUGAAGUGUGUCUGUAAGUGCUUCACCACGCUGAACGUUUGUAGUGCAACACUCUGGAAAGUAGCUGCCUUGCGGUGACAUAAAAACUUUAAAUAACUUUUGAAAAUGCAAACAAUUUUUUAGAAUGUAAAUUGUAUAAAAUCUGUUACAGUGUAUACUGAUUCUAUAAAGAAUGGUUGUGACUUAAGUAAA